UCUCAUCAGUCGUCCCCACCCACCAACCAGGGCAGAGGCAGCACCUGUUAGCUUCAUCUCAGGUGGGGUCAAACAUUUUGCAAGAGCAAUGGAGAUUGAUAGAUAGAUCAUAGAUCCCUCCAAUCUUCUCUCUCUCUCUGUCUCUGCCCAUUUUUUCGUCUCUUCUCUCUUACGCGUUGAAACUUCAACGUUGGUUGGAUUAUCUCAAUCAGUCUCUUUCCCUCUCUGGCUCUUUGUGUCUCCGUCGAUCCAUUUAAAACCAGUGUAAUCUACUUCACAGUUCACAUCACUCCUUCAACUGCUCUUCGAUAGCGAGUAGCUUUGGACAUCAGCCAGAUCAGAUAGAGACCCAAUUGUAUGAAUAUCUGUUCUUUGAAGGAAUCAAGAGCAAACAGAGGACCUUUUGGUUAUCUUUUGUAUUUUUUAUUGGGGGGUCUGUCUAUUUCUUCCUUCUUCCGUUGUGUUUUGAAAUUAUGCUUAUUUUAUGUGGGAUUGGGAUUUCUUGUGAUGGGUGCGUAAGAUUAAGACUUAAAAAAGAGUGACGGCUGCACUCUGGAGAUGCAGGUUAAGCAGAGCGGCAGAGGAGAGGGAGAAAGGUCGCUCCUUUGUAUGGACUGAUCAUAUGAGGAAGCUUUAGAAAUUCCUUUGCGGGGUUGUGAUUGAUUUCUGGUUUCAAGAGUUUGCAGUGGUGGGUAGGGUGAGAUGAGUACCAUGGAUACCGGUGGGCGGCUUGUUGCGGGUUCUCACAAUAGAAAUGAGUUCGUUGUCAUCAAUGCUGAUGAUAUUGCUCGGGUGAAGUCUGUAAAAGAAUUGAGUGGGGAGAUUUGCCAGAUAUGUGGGGAUGAGAUUGAGAUUACAGUAGAUGGAGAGCCCUUUGUCGCCUGUAAUGAAUGUGCUUUCCCAGUCUGUAGGUCUUGCUAUGAGUAUGAGAGAAGAGAGGGCAAUCAAGCUUGCCCUCAAUGCAAAACCAGAUACAAGCGCAUCAAAGGCAGUCCCAGGGUUGAAGGUGAUGAGGAAGAGGAGGAUGUUGAUGAUUUGGAUAAUGAAUUCGACUUCAAGGGUAAUAAUUGGAGUGAUGCACAACAUAAUGCCGAGGCAACACUCUCAGCUCGCCUUAAUGUUGGCCGUGGUUUGCCAGCUGAUGCAUCUGGGAACUCUGUGUCACCAAAUCCUGAAAUCCCUCUCCUAACCUAUGGCCAAGAGGAUGCUGGAAUUUCUUCUGAUCAACAUGCUCUGAUUAUACCUCCAUUUAUGGGCAAUGGAAAACGAGUUCAUCCCAUGCCAUUCUCUGAUUCAUCGAUGUCCUAUGAUGCAGUGCAACCCAGAGCAAUGGAUCCUAAUAAGGACUUAGCAGUAUAUGGGUAUGGAAGUGUGGCAUGGAAGGAACGUAUGGAGGAGUGGAAGAAAAGGCAGAAUGAGAAAUUGCAGGUGGUUAAGCAUCAAGGAGGAAAUGGUGGUGGGAACUAUGAUGGAGACGAUCUCGAUGAUCCUGAUUUGCCCAAAAUGGAUGAAGGAAGACAGCCUCUAUCAAGAAAGUUACCGAUUCCUUCCAGCAAGAUCAGUCCAUAUAGAUUGAUAAUAAUACUCAGGCUUGUGAUUCUCGCAUUCUUUUUCCGCUACAGGCUUCUCAACCCAGUCACUGAUGCAUAUGGUUUGUGGCUGACAUCAGUUAUUUGUGAAAUAUGGUUUGGGCUGUCAUGGAUUUUAGAUCAGUUCCCCAAAUGGUCCCCGAUUGAGCGGGAGACGUACCUUGAUCGGUUGUCGCUGAGAUAUGAGAAAGAAGGGAAGCCUUCUGAGCUAGCCCAUGUUGACAUAUUUGUUAGUACGGUUGAUCCUAUGAAAGAACCUCCACUUAUCACCGCAAAUACUGUUCUAUCCAUUCUUGCUGUGGAUUAUCCAGUUGACAAAGUCGCAUGCUAUGUAUCUGAUGAUGGUGCUGCCAUGCUUACGUUUGAAGCUCUCUCUGAGACAUCUGAGUUUGCAAGGAUAUGGGUUCCGUUCUGCAAAAAAUUUAAUAUUGAGCCCCGUGCACCAGAAUGGUAUUUCUCUCAAAAGAUGGAUUAUCUGAAAAACAAAGUCCAUCCUGCCUUUGUUAGGGAACGGCGUGCAAUGAAGAGGGAAUAUGAAGAGUUCAAGAUUCGGAUAAAUGGGUUGGUUGCUACGGCACAGAAAGUUCCUGAGGAGGGUUGGACAAUGCAAGAUGGAACACCAUGGCCGGGGAACGAUGUACGGGAUCAUCCGGGAAUGAUCCAGGUAUUUCUUGGGCAAACUGGUCUUCGUGAUGUUGAAGGAAAUGAAUUACCACGUCUCGUUUAUGUUUCUCGUGAGAAGCGACCAGGAUUUGAUCACCACAAAAAAGCUGGGGCCAUGAAUGCUUUGGUGAGGGUCUCGGCAAUCAUUUCCAAUGCUCCUUAUCUUCUGAAUGUUGAUUGCGAUCACUAUAUAAACAACAGCAAGGCACUUAGAGAAGCCAUGUGCUUCAUGAUGGAUCCGACAUCAGGAAAGAAAGUCUGCUAUGUGCAGUUUCCUCAACGGUUUGAUGGGAUUGAUCGCCAUGAUAGAUAUUCGAAUCGCAAUGUCGUAUUCUUUGAUAUCAACAUGAAAGGACUAGAUGGGAUCCAGGGACCAAUCUAUGUUGGAACAGGAUGUGUUUUCAGAAGGCAGGCACUGUAUGGAUUCGAUGCCCCUAAAAAGAAGAAAGCUCCUGGCAAGACAUGCAACUGCUGGCCUAGAUGGUGCUGCCUUUGUUGUGGGUCUAGGAAGAAGAACAGGAAAAUUAAGCAAAAGAAGGAGAAGAAAAUAAAGAACAGAGAAACCUCAACACAGAUACAUGCCCUUGAAAAUAUUGAAGAAGGGAUCGAAGGAGUAGAUAGUGAAAAAUCAUCCCUCAUGUCCCAAGUAAAGUUUGAGAAAAAAUUUGGUCAGUCUCCUGUUUUCGUAGCUUCCACACUUCUAGAAGAUGGUGGAGUUCCUGUGGGAGCCAGUUCUGCAUCUCUUUUAAAAGAAGCCAUCCAUGUUAUUAGUUGCAGCUAUGAACAUAAGACAGAAUGGGGAAAAGAGGUUGGGUGGAUAUAUGGCUCCGUCACAGAGGAUAUCCUCACAGGGUUCAAGAUGCACUGUCAUGGGUGGCGCUCUGUAUACUGCAUACCCAAAAGGCCAGCAUUUAAGGGUUCAGCACCCAUCAAUCUCUCGGAUCGUCUACACCAGGUUCUUCGUUGGGCGCUUGGAUCUGUUGAGAUUUUAUUGAGCAAGCAUUGUCCAAUCUGGUAUGGAUAUGGGGGUGGUUUGAAUUGGCUGGAACGACUUUCCUACAUAAACUCGGUGGUUUAUCCGUUGACGUCUAUUCCCUUGAUUGCAUACUGUACGUUGCCAGCUGUCUGUCUUCUCACUGGGAAUUUCAUCAUCCCCCAGAUUAGCAACUAUGCUAGCAUUGUGUUCAUGGCUCUCUUCAUAUCUAUAGCUGCAACAGGCAUCAUUGAGAUGCAGUGGGGAGGUGUCAGCAUAGAUGACUGGUGGAGGAACGAGCAAUUUUGGGUGAUUGGUGGUGUCUCAGCACAUGUCUUUGCUCUCUUCCAGGGUCUGCUCAAGGUUUUGGCUGGGGUCAACACUAACUUCACUGUUACAUCCAAAGGAGGUGAUGAUGGUGAAUUCGCAGAGCUAUACGAAUUCAAGUGGACAUCAUUGUUGAUUUUUCCCACAACAUUGCUUAUCAUUAACAUAAUUGGGGUGGUCAUUGGCAUUUCUGAUGCUAUAAGCAGUGGGUCUAAUUCGUGGGGCCCACUGUUUGGUAAGCUGUUCUUUGCCUUUUGGGUUAUUGUCCAUCUAUAUCCCUUCCUCAAGGGAUUAAUGGGCAAACAAAAUAGGCUACCAACCAUUAUCGUGGUCUGGUCUAUGAUUCUUGCCUCACUUUUCUCUCUAUUGUGGGUCCGGAUCAAUCCUUUCAUUAGUAGAGGAGGCAUCACAUUACAGGAGUGUGGGUUGAACUGUGAUGACUACAGAUAAAAAAAUUUGAUGCUCAAGGCUGAAAAUAUCCCUUUGCCACGGCAAUUUUGUGUGGCAUAAGUACCAAGAGUCAGGGCCAGCGAGGCGAAAAACCAUGUUUGAGUUGGUGUAGAUAAAAUGAACUGGGAAGGUGAACACCUUUAUUUUUUACGGGGUUUUGUUGAUUCUUUUCUGUACUUGUUCUUAUUCUUUUCUCUUUUUAUCCUUAGUUGUCUUGGGGCUGGUUUGUGGAGGGUUGAUUUGUUAUUAGUCUGUCUAUAAAUGCCAAGAGCAUUGGUUAAUGUUUGAACUAUAAUUUAUUCCCUUCUCAGUAAGGGCUGAAUACAAAGGAGUCUCCAAAUUCAUUCUCA